AUGAGAGCUCAAUCCAGUGGUACCCCAAUGAGAGCUCAACCCAGUGGUACCCCAAUGAGAGCUCAACCCAGUGGUACCCCAAUGAGAGCUCAACCCAGUGGUACCCCAAUGAGAGCUCAACCCAGUGGUACCCCAAUGAGAGCUCAACCCAGUGGUACCCCAAUGGGAGCUGGUCCCAGUGCCCAGUGGUACCCCAAUGGGAGCUGGUCCCAGUGGUACCCCAAUGAGAGCUCAACCCAGUGGUACCCCAAUGAGAGCUCGAUCCAGUGGUACCCCAAUGGGAGCUGGUCCCAGUGGUACCCCAAUAGGAGCUUAUCCCAGUGGUACCCCAAUGGGAGCUCAACCCAGUGGUACCCCAAUGGGAGCUGGUCCCAGUGGUACCCCAAUGGGAGCUGGUCCCAGUGGUACCCCAAUAGGAGCUUAUCCCAGUGGUACCCCAAUGAGAGCUCAACCCAGUGGUACCCCAAUGGGAGCUGGUCCCAGUGGUACCCCAAUGGGAGCUGGUCCCAGUGGUACCCCAAUAGGAGCUUAUCCCAGUGGUACCCCAAUGAGAGCUCAAUCCAGUGGUACCCCAAUGAGAGCUCAACCCAGUGGUACCCCAAUGAGAGCUCAACCCAGUGGUACCCCAAUGAGAGCUCAACCCAGUGGUACCCCAAUGAGAGCUCAACCCAGUGGUACCCCAAUGGGAGCUGGUCCCAGUGGUACCCCAAUGAGAGCUCAAUCCAGUGGUACCCCAAUGAGAGCUCAACCCAGUGGUACCCCAAUGAGAGCUCAACCCAGUGGUACCCCAAUGAGAGCUCAACCCAGUGGUACCCCAAUGGGAGCUGGUCCCAGUGGUACCCCAAUGAGAGCUCAAUCCAGUGGUACCCCAAUGAGAGCUCAACCCAGUGGUACCCCAAUGAGAGCUCAACCCAGUGGUACCCCAAUGAGAGCUCAACCCAGUGGUACCCCAAUGAGAGCUCAACCCAGUGGUACCCCAAUGAGAGCUCAAUCCAGUGGUACCCCAAUGGGAGCUGGUCCCAGUGGUACCCCAAUGAGAGCUCAACCCAGUGGUACCCCAAUGGGCGCUGGUCCCAGUGGUACCCCAAUGAGAGCUCAAUCCAGUGGUACCCCAAUGGGAGCUGGUCCCAGUGGUACCCCAAUGGGAGCUGGUCCCAGUGGUAUCCCAAUGAGAGCUCAAUCCAGUGGUACCCCAAUGGGAGCUGGUCCCAGUGGUACCCCAAUGGGAGCUGGUCCCAGUGGUACCCCAAUGGGAGCUGGUCCCAGUGGUACCCCAAUGAGAGCUCAAUCCAGUGGUACCCCAAUGAGAGCUCAACCCAGUGGUACCCCAAUGAGAGCUCAAUCCAGUGGUACCCCAAUGGGAGCUGGUCCCAGUGGUACCCCAAUGAGAGCUCAAUCCAGUGGUACCCCAAUAGGAGCUUAUCCCAGUGGUACCCCAAUGAGAGCUCAACCCAGUGGUACCCCAAUGGGAGCUGGUCCCAGUGGUACCCCAAUGAGAGCUCAACCCAGUGGUACCCCAAUGAGAGCUCAAUCCACUGA